AUGGCGGCGAAAUUCAAACGAUUUGAAAAUGGAAUGCCGUUUAUAGUGCGCUCGCGCAGGGAUGAUUCGAAAUACGAAAAUAGAACGUCGUGCAUUUUAGAGGCGGGAGACACGCGCCGGAAACUGCCAUGGCCGCGACGGCCGGAUGUCGGGAUUUGGUUGCUAUCGCUUGCCGCCCUUCUCGUCAGUUGCCAUGGUUACCAAGAACAGAGAUUCGCAAUGGAGCCCCAAGACCAGAGUGCAAUAGUGGGCUCAAGAGUGACACUACCAUGUCGGGUAGAGAACAAAGCGGGAAGCUUACAGUGGACGAAAGACGACUUUGGUCUGGGUACACAUCGAAAUUUAAGCGGCUACGAGCGGUACUCCAUGAUUGGGAGCGACGAAGAAGGUGAUUACUCACUAGACAUAAGGGACGUGACUCUGGAAGACGAUGGCAAAUAUCAGUGCCAAGUUAGUUCGGGGCUAAACGGCGAGCCCGCAAUUCGAUCUCGAUACGCUCAGCUCACCGUGUUGAUCGCCCCGGAUCCCCCUCGCAUCAUACAAGGGGCUUUUAUUGAUGCCACUGAGGACCAACCUGUGGAUAUCGAGUGUGUUUCAGAAGGUGGAAAACCGGCAGCUGAAAUAACUUGGGUAGACGGAAAUCAGGUCGUAAUAAAAAAGAAUGUCCAGAAUAAAGUUGAACUUUUACCAGAUGAACAAAGGUUUAAAACGAGGUCAGUGCUGCGGUUAGUACCUAAUAAGGGUCAUCACAAUCAGACAAUAACAUGUCAAGCGCAGAACACUGCUGACAGAGCUUAUAGAAUGGCGACUGUGCAUAUCGAGGUAAAAUACGUACCGAAAGUGAAUGUUACUAUCAAAUCGGGUGCUGUCAAGGGCAGAAUACCUGAAGGAAGCGAAGCCAGGAUAAGUUGUUCGGUUGACGCAAAUCCCCCGGCGCAAUUAUACAGAUGGUAUAUCAAUAACAAUCCUGUAAUAGGAGACUACACCGACGAAAUGAUAAUCUUUAACGUGACUCGUAAACAUAAUAAGGCAGUAGUAAAAUGCGAAGUCAGUAAUGCUGUGGGGAAGAACGACGGGACUGUAACCUUAGACGUUACAUAUCCUCCGUCAUUUAGAACCCGACCACAGAAUAUAGAAGCAGAGGAUGGCGCACGCGUGACGUUAAGCUGUGAUGUGGACGGGCAACCAGAACCUGAGAUUCGGUGGCUAUUUCAUGAGCCUGGAAGGAUCGGGCAGGUUAAAGGAAAGGCUCCAAAUUUGAAGGUGCACGUAAAUAACGAUACAGCCGGACGCUACAUAUGUAAAGCCACUAUAGACGGAUAUCCUGAGAUUGAGAGCGAAGCUACAAUUUUUAUAAAAAGUAUACCUAAAAUACUCUCAAAUAGAACUCAAUUUGGUUCGGAAGGUGAAUUAGUUAGAGUAGAAUGCGCCGCAUUUUCAGUGCCUAAACCUGAUGACAUCAGAUGGUAUUUUGAAGGUAGAGAAAUUAGCAUUAUACAGGAUCCGGAUUACGCGACGGUAGAAGAGUCUUUACCAGACGGCGUCGUAAAAUCUAGUUUGGUUAUUCGCGCAAGCCAAUCCAAACACUACGGACUGUAUAAUUGUAGUGUGACCAAUGAGUAUGGAAACGCGAACGCAGCUAUAAUUCUGAAGCCUUUGAAAACACUACCACUAUUUAUAAUUCUCAUCGGAGUUACAUCGGGUAUCAUUAUCUUCUCCGCUUUUGUUAUCCUCCUAGUCAUAUGUAAUAGAAGAAGAAGGAAAAAGAGUCAACAAAUGAACGAGAAACCCGAUGUAACAGUUACCUCCGGAGAUAUGUAUAAAGAGAGUGAUAGAAGUUCGAAUAUUAGCGACCUGAAGCUUCAAAUUGGACAAGGCGAUGGUAGCUACGAGCUGGACUACACAAGUUCAGAUCGAUCCGAUACGAAGAACCCCGCAGGUUUGCCACUAGCAGGCCCUGUAACUUUACCAAAUAUUCGACACGAUGACCCCCUGAUGCAAUUUAGUUAUAGCAAUGACUACUCCGAUCCAACUUACGCUGACCCUUAUUUCAAGAACCCUGCAGGCUACGUGUAUGACUAUCCUCAGGGAUAUGUGCCCCCUCCACAUUUGAGAGUUCAAUCUCCAACACAAUUGGAAGUCCCACAGAACAGAUCGUUGCAAGGUUCACUAACUCGCAGUAUCGACACAGCAUCAACUCUCCCAUUGUCAGCGGGCAAUGGAUCGCAGAGUAACUCAUUGCAACGAACGAACAAAUCAUCCGACGAAACUGACGCAAUAAAUAAUCUUGGUCUGCCUGUUGGGGGAGAAAACUCGCCCACACCGAUAUACGCCCAGCCACACACAAAAGGCCAUACAGGGAUUGACCUUAGAUACGCCGCCACUUACGGGAAUCCGUACCUAAGGAAUAGUUCUGUCGGCUAUGGCAAUCAAGUGCAUACAGCAAAGCCAGCAGCGACGCCGGCCCCGCCUCCUUAUUCAGCAGUAAGAAGCUCUGUCGUCUUACCAUCAGGAAAUGGAAAUCAGCCCCCCCAAGGAACGCAUGUAUAG